AUCAAACUUCCUUCGAGCCUUCUUCAUACCCAACUCCUCUUCCUUGUUGAUCUACAUAAAUGCCAAGGCAAAAUCACGCAUUGUACCGUCAGCAUCCCGUCCGUCCUACACUAGCCAAAACCAAUUGACACGGGACACACCUGCUUGACCUUCUGGUCUGCUAACUCAUACCUGGUCUGGGUGAAUGUCUGCAAGCCAUAGGAAGCACCAAUCAUGAUGAGAAGAAACGGAAGGCCGAACAACGAGGGGUGUUUGCGCAGGGUCCUGUGGAUGGGGUUCGAGCUGAUCGGGUUGGACGAGAAGGUAGGCAUUCCGACUAGUGAAAAAAUUGAGUAAGAUACACUGUGACUGAGUACACCGCGGUUCACGACGACGAGCAGGGGAAGGUUGUGAACUGUGAUACGGACGCUCGGCGUACGGAAGUGGCGGAGAAAACGGACCGGAAAUUGCAAGGAAUAUGCGAUUGAGUUCUUGCAUUUGACUCGAUUAUCAGAUCCUUAAAACCACCUCUCAGAAGUUGCUCACCGUUGGUUCGUCGUGCAACGUAGCACAUUGAACAGCGAGGGGAUCUCGUUGAACGAUGAGCGUGUCCGUCGUUCUCGGCACGCAAUGGGGCGACGAGGGAAAAGGCAAACUGGUCGAUAUCCUUGCUGCUGAAGUGGAUGUUUGCGCUCGCUGCGCUGGAGGCAAUAAUGCUGGUCAUACUAUUGUGGUACCCAUAGGACCUGAGAAGAUCAAGACAACUUUCUCCUUCCAUCUCUUGCCCAGCGGACUGAUAAACCCCAAGUGUGUUGGACUCAUUGGAAACGGCCUCGUUGUGCAUGUCCCUUCGUUUUUCGCGGAGGUGGAUGCUCUACAGGCUCAAGGUUUGGACUGCACCGGCCGCCUGUUCAUCUCCGACCGCGCGCAUCUCGUCUUCGACUUCCACCAAAUCGUAGACGGUUUGAAGGAGGUCGAACUCGGGGGUUCAAGCAUUGGUACUACUAAGAAGGGAAUCGGUCCGGCUUAUUCUGCCAAGGCUUCUCGUUCUGGUCUUCGCGUACACCAUCUCUUCGAUCACGAUACUUUCGCCGAAAAGUUCCGUAGAAUUGUCGAAGGUCGCUUCAAGCGGUAUGGCUACUUUGAGUACGACACCGAAGGCGAGAUUCAAAGGUACAAAGUCCUAGCAGAACGCCUAAAACCCUAUGUCAUCGACUCUGUAUCAUACAUACACAAGGCUAUUGCCGAUGGCAAGCGUGUCCUCGUUGAGGGCGCGAAUGCAAUCAUGCUCGACAUCGACUUUGGUACAUACCCAUAUGUCACCUCGUCUCAGACGACUAUUGGCGGCGUGUGCACGGGUCUCGGAAUCCCACCAAAGAAAAUUGGCAAGAUUAUUGGUGUAGUCAAAGCCUACACUACCCGCGUUGGAGGUGGACCAUUCCCCACUGAGCAGUUGAAUGACAUCGGUGUAUACCUACAGGAAGAGGGACGAGAAUACGGAACCACUACUGGUCGCCGAAGACGUUGUGGAUGGCUAGACCUUGUUGUGAUGAAGCACUCGUGUCUGAUCAACGGUUAUGAUUCUUUCAACCUGACGAAGCUCGAUGUGUUGGACAACCUGGAAGAGAUCAAGGUGGGAGUGAAAUACCUCGUCAAUGGAGAGGAACUUCCCGGAUUCCCAGCGGACUUGGGUGUUCUCGAACAGGUGGAGGUUGAAUACGUCACACUACCAGGAUGGAAGCGGUCGAUUGCAUCCACUACCUCCUUUGCCGAGCUCCCUCUUAACUGUCAAAAAUACGUCGGUUUCAUCGAGGAGUUCCUGCAUGUGCCUGUUGAGUGGAUAGGUGUAGGGGCGGGAAGAGAGAGCAUGAUUACAAUAGAGAAGAACUAGAAAAGGACGCAUUGUAGAAGUACCCUAGUGUGACAAGAGAUUUUAUUUUUGGUUUGAGA